AUGGAAACGCCGGCUGUGGAUCUGGAUAACAUCAUCGACCGGUUGCUGGAGGUCAGAGGCUCCAAGCCCGGCCAGCAAGUAGAUCUAGAGGAGCAUGAGAUCCGGUUUCUGUGCUCGAAGGCCCGGUCCAUUUUCAUCAAACAACCAAUUCUACUGGAGCUAGAGGCUCCUAUUAAGAUAUGCGGUGACAUUCACGGCCAAUACUACGACCUGCUACGUCUUUUCGAGUACGGCGGGUUCCCUCCAGAGAGUAACUACCUGUUCCUAGGCGACUACGUCGACCGUGGUAAGCAAUCGCUGGAAACGAUCUGUCUAUUGCUGGCAUACAAAAUCAAAUAUCCCGAGAACUUUUUCAUUCUGAGAGGCAACCACGAGUGCGCUUCGAUCAACCGGAUCUACGGGUUCUACGACGAGUGCAAGCGCCGCUACAACAUCAAGCUGUGGAAAACGUUCACCGACUGUUUCAACUGUCUCCCCAUCGCGGCCAUAAUUGACGAAAAAAUCUUCUGCAUGCACGGUGGGCUAUCGCCCGACCUCAACACCAUGGAGCAAAUCAGACGUGUGAUGCGCCCCACCGAUAUUCCGGACGUUGGUUUGCUCUGCGAUCUCUUGUGGUCCGAUCCCGAUAAAGACAUUGUCGGUUGGUCCGAAAACGAUCGUGGUGUGUCAUUCACGUUUGGACCAGACGUGGUGAGCCGGUUUCUACAAAAGCAAGACAUGGAACUCAUUUGCAGGGCCCAUCAAGUCGUGGAGGACGGCUACGAGUUUUUCAGCAAGCGACAGCUAGUCACGCUUUUCAGCGCGCCCAACUACUGUGGUGAGUUCGACAACGCCGGCGCUAUGAUGAGUGUAGACGAGAGUCUUCUAUGCUCGUUCCAGAUUUUGAAACCGGCUCAAAAGACUCUACCCCGCCCCCAGGGCAAAAAGAAGAAAUGA